UUCUCUUUCAUCAUCUCUACCGUAAUCCAUUUGAAAAUCUUACAAAAAUUUCAACAAAAAAAAAAUCUGCUUUCCAAUAUUUUGCAUAAUAUUUUUCUUUUCUUCAGUACUUUUGAUCGAAACAAACAUGGCGGAGAGUGUGGUGAGCUUUCUUCUGGACAAUCUUUCGUCCUUGUUGGAAGGUGAGGCGAAACUCUUGAGUGGAUUUCGAAAGGAAGUUGUUUUCGUGAAAAAUGAGUUGGAUCGUAUGAGGGCCUUCUUGCGAUCUGCUGAUGCCAUGGAAGAUGAGGAUGAGGAAAUCAAAGUGUGGGUUAAGCAAGUUAGAGAGGUCGCUUACGACGCAGAAGACAUCAUCGAUGAUUUCUUGUAUAGAUUUGAGCAUCCCAGGCGACAUGGAUUCUAUGGUUACUUAUGGAAGUUGGCUCGCGGAGUCAAGAACUUGAAAGCUCGCCAUCGAAUUGCCCACCAAUUGCAGAGUAUCAAGCUCAGAGUUACUGAUAUUUCUGAGGGUCACCAGAGAUAUGGCUACAGACUGAGUAUUCCACAGAUCGGGUCGAGUUCUGGAACUAAACCUUGCUACUUUUCUGAGCUUAGAAGCGAUGCACGGUUGCUGGAAGAAGCUCAACUAGUGGGCAUUGAGUCAGAGAAGGAAGGUCUUUUGAGUUUUCUUGUGAAUGAUACCUCUGAACUACAAGUGGCUGCUGUGGUCGGAAUGGGAGGGCUGGGAAAAACCACUUUGGUGAGUACAGUUUAUAAUGAUUUACAAGUAAAGCAUCAUUUUCAUCAACUCCAAGCUUGGGUCACUGUAUCACAAUCGUUCAAGCUAGAUGAACUUCUGAGGCAAAUUAUCAAGCAAUUGUUCAAAGCUAUCGAUCAACUACUUUCUAAUGAAGUUGAUAAUUCCACUGACACACACUUCCUAAAGACAACAAUUGUUGACUUUCUUAGUGGGAAAAGAUAUCUGCUUGUGUUGGAUGAUAUAUGGGAUGUGGAUGCAUGGGAAGCAUUAAAACUUUCAUUUCGGAACAACAACAAUGGUAGCCGGUUGAUGAUCACAACUCGUACCGAAGAUGUGGCCUCUUCUUCUACCAAAUAUCUUGGAGGUUGGAUCUUGCCCUUAAAUCCUUUGUCUUUUGAAGAUUCUUGGACUCUAUUUUGUGCAAAAGCCUUUCAAAGUAAUCUAUGUCCUCAGCAUUUGGAGAAAAUUUCACGAGACAUUCUAAAAAGAUGCAAGGGAUUACCUCUUGCCAUUGUGGCAAUAGGAGGUAUGUUGGCCACAAAGGACAUCAACAAGGUAGAUGACUGGGAGAUUAUAAACCGUUCUCUACAGGCUGAAUUGCAAGGCAAUAGAAAACUGAAAGGCAUGCAAGCCAUACUUUCUCUUAGUUUCAAUGAUUUGCCUUAUAACUUGAAAUAUUGUUUCAUGUAUCUGAGUGUAUUCCCUGAGGAUUACUCGAUUAAACGCAAUGUUCUGAUUCGAUUGUGGAUUGCUGAAGGUUUCAUAGAAGGAAUGGAAGGAAGAUCAUUAGAAGAAGUGGCAAAUGGUUGUUUUAACGAGCUUCUUAAUAGAAGCUUGGUCCAAGUGACUCAUAGAUACACAGAUGGAAGAGUCAAAAAAUGUCGAGUGCACGAUAUUUUAAGGGAAACUAUGCUUCUUAAAUCGAAAGACCAAAGCUUUGCAACAAUAACUAAUAAAGAGAGUUGUAGAAAGUUGCCAGAAAGAGUACGACGACUAUCUGUGCAUGAAGGAACAACAAUAGAUGCAUUUGGGGACAAUCAACUAUCUCAACUGCGCUCCUUGCUCUUAUUCACCAAAGAAAGUGAUGUUUGGAAUAUAUUCAUGUCUUCAUUUUCUAACCAGGGGUCCAGGCUUCUUAAAGUGUUGGAUUGUGUAUGUGCUCCUAUGACCACAUUUCCACAGGAUAUCACAAAGCUAUACCAACUGCGAUAUCUAUGUUUAAGAGAUACUGAUGUGAGUUCCAUUCCACCCUCUAUUGCGAAUCUUCGACAUCUUGAGACAUUAGACCUUAAAAAUACUCUUGUGCAAGAGUUGCCAAGUGAAAUUUUACAAUUACAACGUUUGAGACAUGUGAUAGUUUAUGCUUAUAAAAGUUCUUCAUAUUUGGGGGUGUCAGUGCAAGGCUUUAAGGCUUUAAAAGGAAUAGAAUCCCUUUCUUCCUUGAGAAAACUCUGCUAUGUUGAGGCAAAACUGGGUGAGACUGAGCUUCUGGCAUCCAUAGGAAGGUUGACACAACUGACGAAGUUAGGCAUCUUGAAGCUUGGAGUUGAGCAUGGAGAUGCACUAUGCUCUUCAAUUCAUGAGUUGAAAUUCCUUCAUUCGCUACGAUUGACUUCAAAAUCAGAGGAUGAAGCACUUAGUUUACAGUUCAAGUCAUCUUCAUGCCUUCAAUUACUUCAGAGAUUAUAUAUAGAAGGACGCGUGGAGAAAUCACUAGAGGGGCUACAAAACCUUACAAACUUGUCUAUGUUAUAUUUAUCUGGUAGUAAGUUGCAGGGAGAUCCGUUGGAGUCAUUACAAGCUUUGCCCAAUCUAGUAUCACUCUACUUUCAAAAUGGAGCUUAUGAUGGGCAAUCACUAUGUUUUAAAGCUGGGGGGUUUCUAAAGCUUAGAGAACUCUAUAUUAAAAGAGCAGAAAACUUAAGAAGGGUGGCAGUGGAAGACGAAGCAUUGUCUCAUCUCGAACUUAUGUAUUUGCAUUAUUGCAAAUUGCUGAAGGAAAUCCCAUCAGGAAUUGAAAGCCUAAGAAACCUUCAAUACCUUCAUUUGAUAGAAAUGGCCGUAGAAUUAACAGCAACUUUACAUCGUGGAAGUCAACAUGAGAACUACUUAAGAGUAAUGGACAUUCCAGGAGUUUACAUCGGCCAGUGGAAUAUUGAAACGGGCUAUGAUGGUCAUUGGCUUUAGAGAUUAGCAUACAAAGCAAUGCUGGGCUGUCAAACCGGUAGUUUUCCAAACCAAACAUGUUUGUCAAAUCAAAAUAGCAAGAUCAUUCAAGUCUUUGUUUUGUUAACUUUUUAUCAACAAUGGAGGACUUGGAAUCAAAACCAGAGGACAUAGCAGCAAAGUGUGAAACAUUGGCUUCAGAAAAUUCAAGAAGUUUUUAAAGAGCGAGUGGAUGAAUUUCAAACUGAAUACUUUUGUUCAGAUGAAUCAGAAGAUGGAAAAUGGUAGCCAUACCACCAAUCUCAAGAUUUCACCAAAGCUGAACAGCAACAAGAUGAUACUCAUUCU